AUGGCUCCUACAACUAGGAAAUGUUCUGUCGUGAAGCCUGCUCGGAGUAGACCAGCCUCAGAGUUUGCCCUCUGUAGUGUCCCUGAUUUCUCUCAUCGUUACUACACGGUGUGCUCUUGGCGGGCUAUAAGACGCAAAAUCAAGUAUGGAUGUGUCGGCUCGAGUGUUCUAUUGACCUUCAUGACCAAGUACCACAUUUGCAACAUGACAUACAAGCGUAAUGUGUUCCGGUGUUAA